AUGGCGAAACACUCGCCGGUUACCAGCAAGCGUCCGCGUGUAGAAGUCGAUAUAAUGGGUGCUGACGACGAGUCACAAACCGAUGGCAAUAGGGGGAGCAAGACAGCACGACACUCAAAUAAUGACGAUGCAUCGAGCAGGCGAGCAUCAGUGAACUCUUCGACGCCGCCCUCAAGUUAUCGAGGCGGCCCAGAUAUCCUUCCCGAGUCUAGCUCUUCGCAGCACACUGAGGCCGAAAGGCAAAGUUGGCUCGCAGAUGAUAGUGCUGAUGUCAACGAACUUAUAAUCUCGUCGCAGGAGGUAGCUCACGGAAGUGAUCAAUGGCAACAUUACGGCGAUCUUCCCAUCAAAAUCGUUGGUGUCAGCCACUACAAAGGCAAUGCCAAUCCAAACGAACAUGUUGUGCUGCGUCGUGAGCCAGGAAAUCCAUACGAUGGCAACGCAAUACGUGUCGACAACGUCAGUGCAGUACAGAUAGGUCAUAUUCCCCGACAAAGCGCUGCGAAGCUAGCCAAAUACAUCGACAAUGGAUGGCUCAACUUGGUUGCAACGCUCGCAGGCCGUAUGGGUACCUAUGACUGCCCGUUGACGGUUCAGAUGUUUGGUCCCGACCCAACAUCUCAAGCUGGCCAAGAAUUGAUGGAACGUAUGAACGCCGAUAAGCUGUCUGUAAAGGCCAUCAAAGCCGCAGAAAAGCAACGUUUGAAGACGGCCAGACAGCAGGCUGCAGGUGGUUCCAGCAAAUGGAAGUCUCGGCCGAUGGAAGACGGAGACGCAGCUAAUUCGAUGAUGGAAGACAUCAUAGAGAGCUCAGAACGCUUUGACGUCCAAAGAGCUGAACGCAAUAGCGAUGCCUAUGGGGUCAAAGAAUCUGAUCUCGAAGACAUGCCUCUGGCUGCUAAACCGGAAGGAAUCAAGACCGAAAUGCUACCCUAUCAGUUACAAGCCCUGCAGUGGCUCAUCGAUCAUGAGAAUCCAGAAAUCACGGCUCAUGGACCAGAAAACUCGGUGCAACUCUGGUCGCGCGAGAGCAGCGGUAAGAAACUGUACACGAAUCUGGCAACGAAUCACUCGACACAGUCGAGCCCAAAGCUUGCCUCUGGGGGCAUCUUGGCGGACGACAUGGGUUUGGGCAAGACGCUGGAAAUAAUCGCACUCAUGGUUGCCGACACCAAGGACUCUGGACGAGGUCCCACUCUAGUUGUUUCUCCACUUUCAGUCAUGUCAAACUGGUCUGGCCAGAUAUCGCAUCACGUUCACGAGAAGCACGCACUGAAUGUGUAUACUUAUCAUGGAGCGGGACGAGUCGACAUGUCAGCUGCCGACUUCAGAAAAUACGACGUGGUCAUCACGACUUACCAAACACUAGCAAUCGACUACAUGCCCCGUGGAAAGGGCAACCAGAAGCCCACGAGUGAGCUACGGAAGAGUGGCCUGUACAGUCUUGAGUGGCGGCGUAUCGUACUUGAUGAGGGCCAUAUAGUACUCAAUCCUCAAUCAAAGGGUGCCGCAGCCGUAACGGCCGUCAUGGCCAAAUCUCACUGGGUCCUCACCGGAACGCCCAUUAUCAACUCGCUAAAGGACCUUUACUCUUUGCUGCGAUUCAUUGGCAUAAAUGGCGGAUUGGAAACGCUCGAAGUAUUCAACAGCGCUCUCGUCCGCCCAUUGAAGGCGGGCGACGAGAGCGGCGUCUUCCUGCUCAAGGCGAUCAUGAAAGCAUUCACCCUUCGCCGUCGCAAAGACAUGGAGUUCAUUGAUUUGCGACUUCCCGCUUUGCAUGAAUACAUACAACGUAUUGACUUUGCACCAAAGGAACGGAAGAAGUACGAUGCACUUGCAACUGAAGCGAAAGGAAUGCUCGAAGCGUACGAGGAGCGAAGAGGAGCUCCAGAUGGCAAGGCCGGUGACACGUAUCAUCACCUGUUGGAAAUUCUGCUAAGGAUGCGACAAUGCUGCAACCAUUGGCAACUCUGCUCGGAACGCGUCACAAGUCUGUUGACACAGCUAGAUUCUCAUAAGGCCGUGGAAUUGUCCACAGAAAAUGUGAAGGCGUUGAGGGAUGUGUUGCAGAUUCAAAUCGAAUUGCAAGAGGAUUGCGCCAUUUGCCUCGAGACGCUCCAUGACCCUGUUAUCACGAAUUGUGGUCACUUUUUCGGGCGAUCCUGUAUCGCUCAGGUGAUUGAUCGGCAACACAGAUGUCCUAUGUGCCGUGCCGAACUGAAAGACGAAAAUUGCUUGGUCUCGCCAAAGCAUGACUGUGGAGAUGAAGACGUCAAGACUGAUGAGAAUGAUCUUGAUGGCUCAAGUAGCAAGCUCGAUGCCAUCGUCAAAAUCCUUGCUGCGAGCAAAUCGAGCGAUGGCAAAACGAUAAUUUUCUCUCAGUGGACCAGCUUCCUCAACAUCAUUGAGGCCAGACUGAAGAAAGAAGGCUACAAAUUCUGCAGGUUGGAUGGCACGAUGCCCGCGAUGGAGCGUGACCGAGCUCUAACGGCGUUGGAAGAGGAUCCCGCGACGACCGUCAUGCUAGCCUCUCUCGGCGUAUGUGCAGUAGGCCUUAAUCUGACUGCGGCAAAUCAAAUUAUCCUAUCGGACACAUGGUGGGCCCCAGCCAUCGAAGACCAAGCAGUUGAUCGUGUCCACCACUUAGGACAGAAGAAGGAGAUUCGUGUGUUCCGCCUAGUGAUCAAUGAAAGUAUCGAGGAAAAGACACUGGAGAUCCAAAAGCACAAGAGAGCGCUUAUGAAUUUAGCAUUCUCCGAAAAGGGCGGCAAACGAGACAACCAACGACAAAGCCGAUUGGCCGAUAUCGAACAGCUGCUUGCAUGA